GGGGCUCUUGGGGCCCAGAUAGACGAGGACUUUUCACUCACAUGAUUCUUCUCCGCACUGACAUUGCCAACGAGAGACUCUUGGACAAUAAAUCACUAUAAUUUCCAACCCUUUCAGCCUGUUCAAUUUUCGACAAUAUGGAUCUAGACACCACUCGAUUAUUAGGAGCUCCUUCCCCUUCUUCUUCUUCUUCUUCUUUCACCAAUUCAUGGACCCACGAUGUGUUUCUCAGCUUUAGAGGUGAGGACACACGCUACAAUUUCACAGACCAUCUACACAAAAAUUUGGUCCAGAGGGGCAUCAGAACCUUCAUAGAUGAUGAGCUCCCAAGAGGAGAAGAAAUAUCACAAGCACUUCUUGAUGCAAUUGAAGGAUCGAGGUGUUCCAUCGUUGUAUUCUCUGAAUACUAUGCAUCCUCGAAGUGGUGCUUGGAUGAGCUUGUUCAUAUCAUUCAUUGUAGAAAAUCAAAGCAACGGAUGGUUUGGCCAGUUUUCUACAAAGUGGAUCCCUCAGAUGUAAGGAGCCAAAGAGGUAGUUAUGGCGAGGCACUGAAUAACCAUGAACGCAAAUUCAAAGAACAGAGACUUAGUAACCAUGAUGAAAGUAAAUUCGAGGACAAUAUGAAGAAGGUGCUGAGAUGGAAGGAAACCCUUACAGAAGCUGCAAAUUUGUCAGGGUCGCAUUACUUGGAGGGCCGUGAAACUGAAUUUAUUCAGAACAUUGUCAACGAGAUUUCCUUACAAGUAUUAAAUGAAACCCAUAUCAAUGUGGCAAAAUACCAAGUUGGAAUAGAGGCUCGUUUACGAGAUCUUCAUAAAGUUUUAGAUGUUGACGGAAAUGAUGUUUGCAUGGUAGGAAUAUGGGGGACUGGUGGAAUAGGAAAGACAACUGUUGCUAAAGCUGUUUAUAACUCACUGGCCCAUGUGUUUGAAAGGAGUUGUUUUCUGGAAAAUGUAAGAGAAAGAUCAAUACCAUAUGGAGGCCUAGUCGACCUACAAAAUCUUCUUCUUUAUGAGAUUCUAAGGGGAAAGGAAAUAAAGGUUACCAGUGCUGAUAAAGGAAUCAGUGUGAUAAAGGAAAGGUUGAGUCGUAAAAAGGUCCUUGUAAUUGUAGAUGAUGUGGAUCAUUUGGACCAGUUAAACAACUUAGUUGGAGGUUGUGAUUGGUUUGGUUUGGGCAGUAGAAUUAUCAUAACGACAAGAGAUAAGCAUUUGCUAAGUUCUCAUCAAGUUAGUAUUAUAUACGAGGCCAAGAAAUUAAACUUUGGUGAAUCUCUUGAUCUCUUCAUUAGUUGGAUUGGUGGGAGAAAUAAAAAUUUGGAUGAUGAUUAUGUGAAAGCUGCAGAAACUGUGGUAAAGCAUGCUCAAGGUCUUCCUUUAUCUCUCAAGGUUUUAGGUUCUCAUCUAUGUGGUAGAAGUAUAGAUGAGUGGCAUCAUGCAUUGGAUGGGAAUCUGCACUCGGACAUUAAAAAAACUCUCAAAAUAAGCUAUGAUGCAUUGGAAUAUUCGGUGCAAGAAGUUUUCCUUGACAUAGCAUGUUUCUUUAACGGUAGAAAGGUGAACCAUGUGAUACCGAUCCUGGAAGGUUGUGACCUCAAGCCUGAGUAUGCUAUUAAAGUACUCGUAGACAAGGCCCUCAUAAAUAUUGAACAAGACAUAAUUGGGAUGCAUGACUUGCUUGAAGAAUUGGGUAGAGGAUUAGUUUAUCAAGAGUCGCCAAAUGAGCCUGGUGAACGUAGCAGAUUGUGGUUUCACGAGGAUGUUUGUCGUGUUCUAACAGAAGGAACAGGAACAAACAAUAUUAAAGGCAUCAUAGCAAAGUUUCCGACACCAGAUGACAUAUGCUUGAGUGGUGACAGCUUCUCAAAGAUGAAAAACCUUCUACUUUUCAUCAAUGUGAAUGCACGAUUUUAUGGUGAUCACGUGGAUUAUCUAUCUAAUGAGUUGAGGUUUCUUCAUUGGCCUGAUUGUCCUCUACAAACUUUACCAUCUACUUUCAAUCCAAGGAAACUUGUUGAACUUUAUAUGCCUUGUAGCCGCUUGUCACAACUUGGGGAGGGAUUCAAGAGACUCUGCGGCAAUCUGGCUCGUGACCUCACAAAGAAGCAAAACAUUUUAGCAAAGGAGCAGAUCACACUCUUCUUUGAUCACCUUCUGUCUUCACAGAAACUUGGAUUUCAGGUUGUAUUUCCAGCAAGUUUUGAAGCUCUCUCGACGUUGUUCAGCUGUCGUAAGGAUGUGAAGGAGUGUGAUGAAGCAUGUGAAUUUUUGAUUGAAAUCCCUCCAAACUUCAAAUGCCAGAACCAAGGCUUGGCUCUAUACGCUGAUGUUGAAUACCUGCAAAAUAAAAGACUAGUUUACGAUCAUUUUCGAACAAAAAUUUCCGUCAAUCAACCAGGAAUGCUGCCUCAUUUUAUUCAGUUCGAUGACAUUUUCAGAAAGAUAGGGUCAGGUCAUGUUAUAGGGUCAGGUCAUGUGUGGCUGUGCUAUAUUCGAUUCAGAGAAAUGUCUUACCGGGAUGAUCAGAUUACCUGGCUGCAGUCGCCUUUUGUGUGUCGAGUUAAUUUUCUGAAUUUGACACUAGAUUCGCUGCGUUGUAAAAGCUUCGGGGUCCACCUGGUAAUGACACAGGAUGAUGAAGACCUGUCUAUAUUUCCGGAAGAUGGUGAGUCUGAAUCCGAUGACUUGGAAGAUGUUAAUGAGAGGUUUGAUGGAGAUAAUUGUAUUGAUCUAUGUGAAGAUGAGCAAGACUCGGAACAUGACUACUUCAGCUGUGAAGAUAAUGAAGAUGGCUACUUUUACUGA